CCGUCAUGCCAUCUGCCAGAAUGUCAAGACAGAUACCAAUGUUUCUCCCAUCACGCAAACAAGAAAUCAGUGCGUGUUCGCGCCGCUCGGGUGACCGGUCAAACUCACGGUAGCACUGCUUCUCCCCACAAAGUCCACAAGCUGGGGAUGAGCGGCUUGGACGGGGUAAUGUCUAAUACUUUUAGUUGUGCAUAUAACAACCUUUGGAGGUAGAUCGCAUAUCAGAGAUCUCAGUUUCUUUGCCCCUUAACUCGGUAUACCGCAUCAUUAAUAAAUCUUUCUGAUUUCGGACACCAUUGAAGAAAUCAUGUCGUCCAAAGCGAUCGAAGCCGGGGCUGUUGCACCUCAUGCAGAGACCAGGGAUAUCGACCCUAAAGAGGAAGCCUUCCAGUCUGAACGAGUGGAUGAGCAGACUGCCCGCUAUGCCACCGGACCUCCAGUCGAGAUCGAUGCAGCGACGAACAAACGUCUCUUCUGGAAGAUCAACCGCCGCAUCUUGGUCGUUCAAUUGGUGACCUACUUCUGUCAGUCCCUCGACAAAGGAACACUGAACUUUGCAUCGAUCAUGGGCAUAAAGAAGGAUGCAAAUCUUGUCGGCCAGGAGUAUCAAUGGCUAGGAACCAUCCUCUACAUUGGAAUCUUGUGCGGAGAAUAUCCCAUGAAUCUUCUUCUCCUAAAGUUUCCCGUGGCAAAAACUCUUUCAGUCAGCGUCUUCAUCUGGGGAGUAGUCGUUGCCUGCUCGACGGUAUCGACUAAUUUCGCAGCCCUCAUGGCCGUCAGGUUCCUGCUCGGUUUCUUCGAAAGUUGCGUCCAGCCUGCCAUGAUGCUGAUAACUUCUAUGUGGUACACAAGAGAUGAACAGUCUCUACUCAAUUCGCUUUGGUAUUGCAUGUCUGGUUUUCAGUUGAUGAUCGGAGGUCUACUCGCAUUCGGAGUAUCACAUUUCACGGACGGGCCCAUCAAAAACUGGCAGCUCUUGUUCCUCGUUCUCGGUCUCGCGACUUGUCUCUGGUCCUUUGGAAUCGCCUACAUCCUACCCGAUAGUCCAAUGUCUGCCAAAUGCUUCACCGAAGAGGAGAAGCGCCUGAUGGUUGAGCGUGUCCGUCAAAACGAAACCGGUAUCCAGAACAGAGAGUACAAGAAGUACCAGAUUGUCGAAACACUCAAAGACCCAUUUGUCUGGUGCUGCGUCAUGCUCAUUCUGGUCGCCAAUCUCGUAAUUGGAGGCCUUGGUGUCUUCUCGAAUCUUAUCAUCAAGGAAUUUGGGUUCUCGCUGCUCCAGACUCAACUGCUCAAUAUCGCACAGGGUGCCUGGCAGAUCAUGUUGAUGAUCGGCUCUGCACAAGUUUCUCAAAAGUCAGGGCAAACCUGCCUUACCAUGAUUGUUUGGACAAUCCCGGCCAUCGUUGGCACCAUCGUCAUCCUUAUCGUCAAACCGACCAAAUCGAACUCCGGCGGCAUGCUCAUCGCUUUCUACUGCACCCAGUUCUUUCUCGCCCAGGGAAACAUGAUCAUCUCGCUCGUGACGCGGAACAUUGCAGGCCAGACCAAGAAGUCUACUACCAUGAGCAUGGUUUUCAUCGGCUGGGCGGUAGGCAACUUGAUCGCGCCCCAGAUCUUCCGAGAGAAAGAUGCUCCCAGGUACUUGUCGGGAUUCAUUGUGCACAUUGGUGUCUACGGAGUCUACAUGAUCAUUGUCGUCAUUUCUCGAUUGGUGUUGAUGCGGAGGAAUCGCGUCAAGGAGGCCAAUGUCAGCGAGGUUUCGCAUGACCUGGCUUUCUCGGAUCUGACGGACAUUGAGAACCCAAACUUCCGCUAUGUAUAUUAGCCGUGUACCAACGUAGAAAAUUGGUACGAAGAUAGGAGCAGUGUUGGCUGAGGUGUCUGUGGCGGGAAGUGACAGUGUUGGACAAAUGGCAUUACGCAACUCUAGUUCCGUUUAUUCAAUCGCAC